CACACUGAUAGUAAAAAAAAAGAAAGUGUCAAAUUGGAUAGUGUUUUGUUGUGAUUCUAUUUUCCGAAGAUUUUCGAAAGUUGUAUUAUUCAUCAUCAUCUCCGAUAAAUUAUUCAAGAUGAUUAACCACGAUACUGAACAAUAUAGACUUUUCAUAGAUAAGCUUCAAAGAGAAGAACAUAGACCUGACGCAUUGAAUGAUAUCAAGAAUUUGCUAGCAUAUAAGCCGGCUCCAGAAGCAGUGUCUACUAUACGAGAUGUAGGGAUAUCUAAAAUUGUCCAAUGUCUUAACGUUCAAGACAGGGCUCACGUUGAUCUAACAUGUGAAGUAUUGAAGAUAUGUUUCGACAAAUUCAAUGUCGGUGACGUGAUCAAACAGUAUACUGGACACAUUAUGUACCUGUUGCGCCAUGAAAAAAGUUGCGUGCGGAAACUUGCUAUUGAUCAGGUUUAUAAUGCAAUAGAAAUGGAUCCUUCCUUACUACCACUAUCUCAAUACAUUGAUGUGUUUGUGGCCACUGCUCAAAUGGUCUGUGAUGAAGAUAUUGGGGUGGCUAACAAAGCUAUACUAAUCACAUCAAACCUGCCUAAUGAAGCUUAUCCCAAAGUGCUGGAUGAAAUGAAAAUAGCCCUUGAAUAUAACAGCAGUACAAAAUGUAACGCCUUUGAGGUUGUUAUUAAUAUAUCGUCAAAAUCUCAAGCAUUAUUCGAGCAGUGUGCUGAGCAGGGUUACAUAGAAUUCAUGGUGGCCGAGCUGAAUACAACAGAUGUUUUGUACCAGCUGAAUAUCCUAGAAUUACUGUCUAGACUGGCCAUCAAACCCCAUGGCAUUAACAGCCUAAUACAAAAUGGGGCUUUACAGAAAAUUACUGCUUUAGUUGAAGAGUUGCAGACAAAUCCCUUGGGAGGUCUUCUGGUACCAGGCUACAUGAAAUUCUUUGGGAGCAUUGCUCACCACUAUCCAAGGGAAAUAUUUGAUAAGUAUCCAGUAUUGGUGGAUGCUCUAUUUGAUGCUUUCGAAUCGAACGACGCCGCAGUUUUGCCUGUGGCUCUGGAUACACUAGGAUUUAUAGGGAAUACUAUUGAAGGAAAGCUGUGCCUAGCUGCUGUUGGAAGUAAAUUUAUACAGGCAGUACAUAAAGUUGGUGAUAUUAUUAGAAAUUAUCCAACGGAAAUGAAAGUUCGCGCGCUAAAUUGUUUUUCCAACCUGAUAUCUGUGGAUAAAGACCCCAGCCUGCCUCCCUCAGGACCCAUAGACCAUAGAGUUACUCUUAUGACUAGGGAAUGGUUCAGGAGUCUGAGUGACAACUCCAUGCAGACAUUGUUUGAAAUCUGUAAAAAUCCUUUUCCUGACAUGAGGAUAUCUUCAUUUACUUUACUGGAUGCUGUAUGUCAACAUCAGUGGGGUGAGGAGCUGGUAUCAAGAACAGCAGGUCUUAUUGAAUAUCUCCUUGACCGCACUGUGGAUCACACCAAAGAAAUGAAAGAAAUAAAGUAUGAUGUUAUAAAAAGGUUAUCUCGUUCUCCAGCCUUUGAUACAAGCAUCAUAUUAAGACUCCAAACUUAUGUCGAACAAGGACCAUUCUACUCUGAAACUACUUUGGAGGUGGCUAUGGAAGGAGAUGAAUAAAUAAGACUAAGUUGUGACCUGCCGCAUUGUUUUAUAUUACUACUUGUAAAAAAGGAAAGUUAUCAAAAUAAAUAUUACUUGAUACUA